AUCGGGCUUCGUAAAUGGGUGUCUUUUGUUUUCCUUGGAGGUCACAGCUUGGCCGAGUACCAAAUCCUAAAGAUUCUAAACCCUUCAAAGCGUGAUAUCCCCCAAAAACAAUAAAACCCGUUAGCCCUAAAUCUGCUGGAAACUCUCCAAGCUCUGUUUGUGUUCAUUUGCUUCAGGCUUUGCACAGGUUUCCUAUUUUCCUACCAAGGCUUUCGGGCAUCUUUCCGAAGCCACGUCUUUGGCGAGAUGAGAACCAGCGCGAAGACCUCUCGGGCUUCUGGUAAUGAUGGCUUACAGUAUGUCUUAACGCCGACAACAUCGUCCUCGCAUGGUCGUUUCCUCACACAACAACCCGCCUCUUCCGGAUCGCGGGGUUCGGUCUUAAUCGUAUCUGGCGAGCGGGGUAUACGUCUUGGUUCUGCGGCGAAGCAAUUGACUUCCCUCUGAAACUUUGCGGGGUACCAUCACCAUCGGGGCCAAAUCGGGUGCGGACCCGACGGCUGGGCGGCCUCGUAAUAGCAACGUAGAGACGCAGGAGUCGUGAAGAUUCAGCCGAACGGGCAAGUUUAUCCCAGUCGCGUGCUCGGAUCAACGUUUGCCUGGCGAGAUUCGACAUGGCAAUGCGGGGAAGCCGUCGAAUCAGCAUGGAGUGUUGGCUCUGGUCCGGCGUGUUCGGGGAUGGCUCGGGAACCGUUCCGCCAAGUCGCCGGUCAGCGUGUCGGUAGAUGGGAGCGCCCCGGUCCAAGUCACCGACAUAAAGCAUUUACUCCUCACUCUUUAUAUGUCCCUAUCGAAACCAUCAAGGUUCAUUUCUCCCUCAUCAAGGUUCUCAACCCGUUGCUCAUCAGCUCAAAAAUCCGAUCACCUAUUCAACCCGGUACCUACUCUAUACACUCGCCAUGGCGCCGUCUCUUCAUCCAUUGAUCGAUAAUGGCCUGACCAAGGGGAACCCCAACUUCUCCGGGGGCAAGCUCCGCUGCCACUGCAAGAGCAGGCCGGUGGAGGUCACACUCGGGGGCAACGUCGCCCACAACCACGCCUGCGGAUGCUCCAAAUGCUGGAAGCCCUCCGGCGCCCUCUUCUCUGUCGUCGGCGUUAUCUCCAGAGACCAGGUCAAGGUGACGGCCAACGGAGACAAGCUCCACAUCAUCGACAACUCGGCAGUCAUUCUCCGAAACGCCUGCAGGGAGUGCGGGGUUCACCUGUUCGGCCGUAUCGAAAAGCCUCACGCAUUCAAGGGCUUGGACUUUGUCCAUGUCGAGCUGUCGGACCAGAAGGGGUGGCAGGAGCCUCAGUUCGCCGCUUUCGUGUCGUCCAUUAUUGAGCAAGGAUUCCACCCCAAGGGCAUCGACGAAGUUCGCAGCAAGUUUAAGUCCCUUGGCUUGGAGACAUACGACGCUUUGUCGCCUCCGUUGAUGGAUCUCAUCGCUACGUGGACGGCGCAACAGUCUGGUCGACUUCCAGCCAAGUUGUAGGGGGGUGUAACGAACCAGUGGGAGGGAACUAGUUCUAAGGCUACCGAGAAACUCUUGAGAGAUUAAAAAGUAGUUUAGCGACCAAACUGUAAAACAAAGCCAUGUUCAACCUCG